GUUUAAUCAGGCAACUGAAUUAAUGCCAUUGAAUUUGAACAAAAGAUGGAAAAAGUUGAGAAUUUAGGUGAGCUUAUUGAAGCUCAAACUCAUGUGUGGAAUGCAAUGUUCCACUUCAAGAAAUCUGCAUGUCUAAAAUGUGCAGUUGAAUUGGGAAUCCCAGAUGUGAUCAGGAAUCAUGGGAAGCCCAUCACACUUUCUGACCUGAUUUCUGUCCUCCCAAUCCACCCUUCUAAAUCUGCCCACAUUUUUCGCUUAAUGCGAUUCUUGGCUAACUCUGGAUUCUUUGUUGAAAACCCUCAAGGCUAUGCACUCACCUCUGCAGGCCGGCUUCUUUUGAAAGAUGAGCCAUUCAAUGUACGGGCACACAUUUUUCUAUCCUGUGAUCCUGCCAUGUUGAAGCCCUGGAAUUUCUUGACCAAGUGGUUCCAGAAUGAUGAUCCCUCUCCAUUUGAUACUGCCUAUGGGAAUAAUUUCUGGCAUUACAACGCUCAAGAAGUUCGAUUUGGAAAAAUGUUUAAUGAGGCCAUGGCUAGUGAUAAUCAGCUGUCUGUAGAAGUGCUGAUGACCAAAUGCAAGUUUGUGUUUGAAGGCUUGACAACUUUGGCUGAUGUUGGGGGUGGCACAGGCAAAGUUGAUAGGGCCAUUGCCCAAAACUUUCCUAACAUAAAAUGUACUGUGUAUGAUCUCCCACACGUCGUUGCUAAUCAAGAAGGAGCUGAGAACUUGGAAUUUUUAGCUGGCGAUAUGUUUCAAAGUGUACCCCGUGCCAAUGCAAUCUUGCUGAAGCGGAUCCUUCAUGACUGGAGUGAUGAGGACUGUUUGAAAAUUCUCAAGAACUGCAAAAAGGCCAUUCCCGAGAAAGACAAUGGGGGGAAGGUGAUCAUUAUAGACGGUGUAAUGGGAAGCCAGAUACAAGAUAAGACAUCAUUUGAAACAGAAUUUAGCAUGGACAUGCAGAUGUUGGUUAUGCUCGGCCCUGCCAAAGAAAGAACUGAGAAGGAAUGGUCAAAAUUGUUUUCAGAUGCUGGAUUUAGUAGCUAUAAAGUCUAUCCAGUCUUGGGCAUGAGGUGUCUCAUUGAGGUUUAUCCCUAAGUUGAGGAACAUUUUUUGUUUCUUGUAACAUAAAAAUUACCAAGUGUUUGGUUUUGGAUUUUUUUUUUUCCUUUUCAUCAUGUUGAACUUGUUAUCCCGUAGUAACAAGAGUGUGUGUCUCUCAUGUAAGUUAUCGCAUUCAAUAUAAAUAUCCAGUUCAUUGCU